UGGGACACCUGCCUCUUCUGUUUUAAUGGCGCACAUCACCAUAAAUCAGUAUUUGCAGCAAGUACAAGAAGCCAUUGAUAGCAGAGAUGGACAAUUUUGUGCAGAAUUGGUAUCAUUUAAACAUCCACAUGUUGCAAAUCCAAGGCUACAGCUUCCAUCUCCAGAGGAGAAGUGUCAGCAAGUUUUGGAACCCCCAUAUGACGAAAUGUUUGCAGCCCACUUAAGGUGUACUUACGCUGUGGGAAACCAUGACUUCAUAGAAGCAUACAAAUGCCAAACAGUUAUCGUCCAAUCUUUCCUGCGAGCGUUUCAGGCACAUAAAGAGGAAAACUGGGCUUUACCUAUUAUGUAUGCUGUAGCCCUCGAUCUUCGAAUUUUUGCUAAUAAUGCAGAUCAACAACUAGUGAAGAAGGGAAAAAGCAAAGUUGGUGACAUGUUGGAAAAAGCAGCAGAACUGCUGAUGAGCUGUUUUCGAGUCUGUGCCAGUGACACUCGAGCAGGCAUUGAAGAUUCCAAAAAGUGGGGCAUGUUGUUUCUCGUGAAUCAACUGUUUAAAAUUUAUUUUAAGAUCAACAAGCUCCAUCUAUGUAAGCCCUUAAUUAGAGCAAUUGACAGCUCAAAUCUGAAGGAUGAAUAUAGUAUGGCACAGCGAGUUACAUACAGAUAUUAUGUUGGACGCAAAGCCAUGUUUGACAGUGACUUCAAGCAAGCUGAAGAGUAUCUGUCAUUUGCCUUUGAACACUGUCACCGCUCAAGCCAGAAGAACAAAAGAAUGAUUUUGAUCUACCUGCUGCCAGUAAAAAUGUUGUUGGGCCAUAUGCCAACAGUUCAGCUCUUAAAAAAGUAUGACCUUAUGCAGUUUGCUGAAGUAACAAAGGCUGUGAGUGAAGGCAAUCUUCUCCUACUGAACGAUGCUCUGACAAAGCAUGAGACCUUCUUUAUUCGAUGUGGAAUCUUUCUUAUCCUUGAGAAGCUGAAAAUCAUCACGUACAGAAAUCUUUUUAAGAAAGUAUAUUUACUACUCAAAACCCAUCAGCUGUCUCUAGAUGCCUUUCUGUUUGCCCUGAAAUUCAUGCAAGUAGAUGAUGUUGAUAUUGAUGAAGUCCAGUGCAUUUUAGCUAACCUUAUAUAUAUGGGUCACAUUAAAGGCUAUAUAUCUCAUCAGCAUCAAAAGCUUGUGGUCAGUAAGCAGAACCCGUUUCCUCCGCUGUCAACAGUGUGUUGAGUAUUGCAUCUUAUCCAUGCAAGUACUUUUCAGAUACUCAGCUUGCCCAGUGGAGCUGCUCCUAGUUGCCCCGGGAACAUUGUAAAUGACCUGGUUCGUGUCCAGGACUGGAAUACCAGGAACUGUUUGUGGCUCCUUUCCCAGAAUGACCAAGGCUGCCAGUGUUACAAAGUGUGUUGGAAUGAAAUACUAACUUUUCAAUUAUAGUUUCCGCAGGCUUUCUAGAUCAUUCAAAGUAUUUCAUGAGGAGAUAAAGCAAAGCAUUCCAAAUUCCUUUCAAACCACUUAAAGCUUUUAUAAAGUACUUUGUGUUACUAUUUCUGCAUUUCUCUUUCAGAGAGGAGAAGUAUCAUCCUUUGUUACUUGUGUUAAUCCAUUCUUCAGAGUGGAUAUGAUGUUUUCUUUCACGGUUUCCACUUCUUUAAAGUCUCUUCAAUAAUCUUGCUGGUAUUAAAUACUCUCUUCAAGCAUUCCCUUAAAAACUAGGGAAGUGCUUGACA